AUGGCGUCACGGCUGUUAUGGCUCUGCUAUAUUUUCAUUAUUUCUGGCAGUUAUUCACUAUUAUCCGAUACCAGGAAUAGUAGAAUCCCUAUAGAUUAUGCUGUGAAGGAUUGUGAGACAACUUCGGCGUUAGAUUUGUUAGAUUUGUGGUGUUCUCUGUUUCAGAAGUCGAGUUUUAUUUUGACUGCUAACGGUUUAAGCUUGGAUGAACGUAGGCAAUCUGGCAUUAAAGGACUAUCUAUAACCGAUGAUUUUGGCAGUUAUCAAACUACAUACGGGAGUAUGACCGGUGAAGGAUUUG